GAAAUUUCAAUAUUUUAAAAAUAGUUUAAUAAUCUAAAUUUAAAAUCUAAAAACGUUCUUUUAUGGAUAAAACUAGCAGGAUCAUCAGGAAGUAGAAGCUCGAGUUAGAUAAAGUUUUACUACUAAUUUACUACUGCAUCAGUUUUUUAAAACAUCAGUUCUAAAACAAAGUUGUGACCAAUGGAAUAAAAAAUGUCUUUUUUAUUUGAUUCAAUUGUUGUAUUUGGUUCAGAAAUUCUCUUUUUUUGUUUUGGUUGGGUGUUCUUUAUGCGACAGCUGUUUAAAAAUUAUGAGAUUCGUCAUAUUGUUGUUCAGCUAGUUUUCUCUGUAACAUUUUCACUAUCUUGUAUGAUGUUUGAGUUAAUAAUAUUUGAAAUUCUUGGAUACCUUUUACCAAGCUCUCGGUUGUUCCAUUGGAAACUUUUAAUAUAUUGUAUGCUUCUUGUUCUUGUUUUUAUGAUCCCUUUUUACAUUGGCUAUUUUUUUUUCCUAAAUUUAUAUUGGGUGCCUCGAAUUUUUCAACGGUUAUUAACAUUUGUCUAUUGGUUUGGAUUUUUUUAUGUUUUCUGGAAACUACGAAACCCAUUUCCUAUUUUAAGUGCAAACCAUGGUAUGUUUUCUAUUGAACAAGGUGUAAGCCGUGUAGGAGUAAUUGGCGUCACACUUAUGGCUAUAUUAUCUGGAUUCGGUGCAGUCAAUUGUCCUUACACCUACAUGUCCUACUUUAUGCGUCAUGUUACUGAUGCAGAUAUAGCUGUUGUAGAAAGAAGAUUAAUGCAAACAAUUGAAUUAAUAAUUGCAAAGAAGAAGCGCAUUAGUUUAUCACUUAGAAAGCAAUUUCAAAAGCAAGAUAAAUCUAAAGAGAAAAGCUUUUGGAACUUAUUUAGCAGUAUUAGUCCAAGCAAAGAUUAUGAAAAUACUAGCAUACUAAAAAAUGAAGUAUCUUGUUUAGAAGAGCUGAGUCAGCAACUCUAUAUUGAAGCAAUUGAUCUACAUAACACGAAACAACGUCUCAUUUUCUCCAAGACGCUUCAAGGUCGCUAUUUUGAUUUUUUAGGUCACAUUUUUUCAAUAUACUGUAUAUGGAAAAUUUUUAUAUCUUCUGUUAACAUAAUUUUUGAUCGAGUUGGUAAAAUUGACCCUGUUACACGUAGCAUUGAAAUAUCAGUACAUUACUUGGGAAUUGAGUUUGACGUAGCUUUUUGGUCGCAGCAAAUUUCAUUUCUUUUAGUUGGUAUUUUAAUUGUUACUUCUAUUCGAGGUUUACUUAUUACAUUAACCAAAUUUUUUUAUGCGUUGUCAAGUAAUAAAUCUUCCAAUAUUAUUGUGCUGGUGCUAGCUGAAAUUAUGGGAAUGUAUUUUGUAUCGUCAGUUUUACUUAUGCGUAUGAAUAUGCCACCACAAUACCGAGAGAUUAUUUCACUAGUGCUUGGAGAUCUGCAGUUUAACUUUUAUCAUAGAUGGUUUGACGUUAUAUUCUUGGUCAGUGCUUUAGCGAGUAUAGUGGUGUUAUAUGUGGCUCAUAAGCAAGCUCCUGAAAAACAAAUUCAUAGUUACAAUUCAUAGCGUUUAAUUUUUUAUCAAUUUCAACAAUAGAUAUAAAAAAUAAUAGAUUUAUAAAAUUAAAUUUUAAUGAAAGAAACAUAAUUUUAAAUAAAAAGCAUUUUUUUUUUCUUAUUUGCUUUGUUUUUUUUCCGUUUCGUUGUUUCCGCUAUUUAAAGAUAUCUUUGUAGUUGUAGUAUUUAAGCGGAAAUGCGAAGUAACUUAUUUUGUUUUUGCGCACUUGGUUUGUUUUUUGCGCAUGGACCAUUGAAUUAAUAAUCCAUGAAAUUUUUUAACAUUUAACAUAAAAAUAAAUUAAAAUUAUUUUUAUAAUUUUUUAUUUCACAUGAGAUUUUCAUUAUGUCAUUAUGUUGAGUCAAAGUUUUUCACUUUUAUGUUUUUUUUUUAAUAUUUAUAGUUUUAUUUACGAUCAAUUUUUAUCAAAUUGAUAUAAAAGAUGACUAGUUUUGUAUGUAAGUUUUCAUUAAUUUUUAAAAUAAAAGAGUGUAACUUCCAUUUCGGAAAUUUUGGGCA